AGCAAUCGAGCAUCUUUCAACACUCAAAGCCAUGCUUUGACGUUGUUUAACCAGCGGCUGAAUCAACUUUUCGGGCGCGAACCAGGCACAGUCUCCUUCGUGGCUCCCAAACUCGCCCUGCCAAUAAAGGCUUGCUUCGGUGACUCCACCCUUAUCGGUGCCCGGAGAAGAACGUAUAUAUCAAUUAACAUCGAGCAUUUGUUGUAAAGGACGACUAAGCUCUUUCAUUUAUGCAUUCCACCCUCAAUGAUACAUCAGUCUUGAGUCUGGAAGCCUCAGUCAUGGGUGCCUGGUCCUCCCACCCCGCUCCGGAGAGCAAGAGUCAAAUAUUCCUCACCGGAGCCACAGGCUAUAUCGGCGGUCAAACCUUACAUGCCAUAGCCUCAACAAUUCCUUCGUCUCAGGUCGCCAUUGCAUGUCUUGUCCGGAGCGCUGAGAAGGGCAAGCUGGUGCAGAACGCGUAUCCGGAGCACGUAAGGACAGUCCUGGGAGACCUGGACGAUGUCGGGAUCAUCGAGAAGGAAUGCCAAAAGGCCCAGGUUGUGCUUCGUUAGCUACCACAUCCUCGCCUUUGUUUUUCCGGCUAUCCUGUUUCCAACUAACAUACGAUCAUGAAAGAACUCGCAGAUACCAAACACAUGCGCGCCGCCCGUGCCAUCGUCAAAGGAUUAUCCGCACAACUGAAAGAUUCCCACCCAUGCUACAUCCAAAUGUCCGGCGCAUCCAUGUUCGUCAUCCCCGAGAUCGAAGGCGACCACUACGGCGAGCCACCAAGCACAAUGUGGAACGACCUGAACGGAAUCUCGAGCAUAUUAUCAACCAUCCAAGCCCACCCGUCGCGCGAAAUGGACAAUUACAUCCUCUCCCUAGACUCCACAAUCAUCAGAACAGGCCUGGUCGUCGGGCCCCUGAUCUACGGUCAUGGCGAAGGACCAGGUAAUCAGCGCAGCAUCCAGGCUCCCACCAUCGCGCGCAAGACGAUCCAGGAUGGCGAAGGCUUCCGUUUCCGGAGAGGCUUGAAUACCUGGAGCAACGUCCACAUCAGAGACUUGGGCGAUCUGUUCGCGCUGUUGACCAAGACUGCGCUCGACGGUCCGAGAAACACCAGAACUUCCGCACUCUGGAACGAAACCGGCGUCUAUCUGCCUGCAAAUGGGGAUAUGACAUUCGGCAAGCUGUGCGAGGCGGUGGCGAGGGCAGCGCAUGUGCAAGGACUGAUCAAGAAGGACGCGAUUGAUAGGACGAUUGAUGUCGAUGAAGCCAACGCGGCGAUGCCAGGCGGCGCCGUCUUUUGGGGGACCAAUGCGGUCUACAAGUCCUCGCGCGCGCAGGUACUGCUGGGUUGGACACCUUCGGCGCCGUCAUUGGGCGAAUCUAUCGCCCAGAUGGUCAGGCUGGAGGGAGAGGAUCGGAAGGGGGGAUCCUAGCUAGAAAACUUGCGGCUACACAAUGCGAUGCCUGAUUCGGAAGAGCAUGUGCUUUUGAUCGCAAGUGAUCUUGGUGCGGCACUGAGGGAACUCUCUUUUGGGGCCUGCGUCCACAAACAUCUCCCCGUACCGAAAAGUCAGGUCAACAUAGCAGGAGUCUCU